UGCGAGCUCCAUGGGGAGGGGCUUGUCGCUGCGCUGAACGGAAACGAUUGGCUUUUAGAUCUGUCAAUCUGAAGCUGGAGGCCCUAAAGUGGGGAGGAAAAGGGUGGGAUAAAGACGAACCGGAGCGUGGAGGACGUGUGGUUGCUAAAAGUGGUGUGAAGAAUUUUGCAAUCGGCCUCAGCAAGAAGUGGGCGGGUAGAGGAGGCGGAGCAAGGAGAUGUUGGGAGGGACCCCGGAGUUCCGGACACCCGGCUUACGGUUCAGCCUCGCUUGAUGGGCGGGCCCUGACAGUGCSGUCCCGCCCUCCGAGCGGAGUUUACUUACUUAAGAGGAACCAUCGAGACCUUUGGAGGACUUGCUAGCCUAGAGCGCCCAAACCCCUCGCUCCGAUCACGUUUCCGUUUCCGCUAAGGCAGUAGCGGUUGGUGAGCAUCAUGGCAACCGUGGCGGCCACAACCAAAGUCCCAGAGAUCCGUGAUGUGACGAGGAUCGAGCGCAUUGGUGCUCAYUCCCACAUCCGGGGACUGGGGCUGGAUGAUGCCUUGGAGCCACGGCAGGCUUCCCAGGGCAUGGUGGGUCAACUGGCAGCCAGGCGGGCAGCCGGAGUGGUGCUGGAGAUGAUCCGAGAAGGGAAGAUUGCUGGGCGGGCGGUCCUCAUUGCAGGCCAGCCGGGAACUGGGAAGACAGCCAUUGCCAUGGGCAUGGCCCAGGCACUGGGCCCGGAUACCCCGUUCACAGCUAUCGCCGGCAGUGAGAUCUUCUCCCUGGAAAUGAGCAAGACCGAGGCGCUGACACAGGCCUUCCGCCGGUCUAUUGGUGUUCGCAUCAAGGAGGAGACUGAGAUCAUCGAAGGGGARGUGGUGGAGAUCCAGAUUGAUCGGCCAGCCACAGGGACGGGUUCCAAGGUGGGCAAGCUGACCCUCAAGACCACAGAGAUGGAAACCAUCUACGACCUGGGCACCAAGAUGAUUGAGUCACUGACCAAGGACAAAGUCCAGGCCGGGGAUGUGAUCACCAUCGACAAGGCCACAGGCAAGAUCUCCAAGCUGGGUCGCUCCUUCACACGUGCCCGUGACUAUGACGCCAUGGGCUCCCAGACCAAGUUUGUGCAGUGCCCAGAUGGAGAGCUCCAGAAACGCAAGGAGGUGGUGCACACUGUGUCCCUGCAUGAGAUCGAUGUCAUCAACUCCCGCACCCAGGGCUUCCUGGCUCUCUUCUCAGGUGACACAGGGGAGAUCAAGUCAGAAGUCCGUGAGCAGAUCAAUGCCAAGGUGGCUGAGUGGCGUGAGGAAGGCAAGGCAGAGAUCAUCCCUGGGGUGCUAUUCAUCGAUGAGGUACACAUGCUGGACAUUGAGAGCUUCUCCUUCCUCAACCGGGCCCUGGAGAGUGACAUGGCGCCUGUCCUUAUCAUGGCCACCAACCGUGGCAUCACAAGGAUCCGGGGUACCAGCUACCAGAGCCCCCAUGGCAUCCCCAUUGACCUACUGGACCGGCUGCUUAUCGUCUCCACCUCUCCCUACAGUGAGAAGGACACAAAGCAGAUCCUCCGCAUUCGGUGUGAGGAGGAAGACGUGGAGAUGAGCGAAGACGCCUACACAGUGCUAACCCGCAUCGGAUUGGAGACUUCCCUGCGCUAUGCUAUCCAGCUCAUCACAGCUGCUAGCCUGGUGUGCCGGAAACGCAAGGGCACAGAGGUGCAGGUAGACGACAUUAAGCGGGUCUACUCACUCUUCCUGGACGAGUCCCGCUCCACGCAGUACAUGAAGGAGUACCAGGAUGCCUUCCUCUUCAAUGAGCUCAAAGGUGAAACCAUGGAUACCUCCUGAGCUGGAUGCCGCCUCUGUACCCCCCCGUUUUCUACCAGAGUUCUGACACUGUGACUUUGUAUAAAAUGGUUUUGAA